CUCGAGAUUUUUACGUAAAUUGAAUUAUUGACUUUGGUGGAAAUUACUUAUUUAAAUUCGACGCAAACUUGGCGCCAAAGCGAAAACUUUGCGCAUCCGAAAACACGAGUUGGCAUCCCCGGCAAACAGCUGUUCAUGAAUAUGCAGAGCAAUCCAAAAACCCGCCUACAAAUAUUGUUAUUUUGAUUAGAUUACGGAUUAGAGAAUGGAACCGCCGUACGCUCCGCUAAGUGAGUCCUGCGCCAAGGCGCUGGGCGACAAGAUGUACGAAAAACGGAAGUUGGCCUCGCAGGAGAUCGAGAAAAUGGUCACGGAAUUCAACAACAAAAACAACUCGGCCCAGAUCCGCAAGCUGAUCGAAGUGCUGGCCACAGAUUAUGCCACAUCACGGGACGCAAACCGAAGGAAAGGAGCGCUUAUCGGUUUGGCAGCCAUGGGAAUAGGGCUGGGCAAGGAUUCGGGCAAGUAUGUCCAGGGCCUGGUGACGCCCAUCAUGACCUGCCUAUCGGAUCCGGACGUCCGUGUGCGUUACUUCGCCUGCGAGUCCCUGUACAACGUGGUUAAGGUGGCCCGCUCCGCAAUCAUUCCCUUCUUCCCGGAGCUUUUCGCGGCACUACCGCGACUCGUCACUGAUUCAGAUCAGAUAGUGAAGGACGGCAGCGAAUUGCUGGAUCGCCUGCUAAAGGACAUUGUCACGGAAUCGCCGCAAACGUUCAAUCUGCAGGCAUUCAUUCCAUUGCUGAGGGAGCACAUCUAUGUGAAGGAUGCGUUUGCCCGUCAGUAUGUGAUCUCAUGGAUAUCGAUCCUAAACGCUGUACCCGAUAUUAACAUGGUCAACUAUUUGACUGAGAUUUUGGACGGACUGUUUGUCAUGCUUGAGGACAAUACACUUGAGAUCCAGCGCAUGUGCGAGACCACAAUCAGUCAGUUCCUGAAGUCCAUAAAAAACGAUUCGUCAUCCGUGCGGAUGGAGGACACUAUCAAUACACUUAUAACCCACGCACAAUCGCCCAAUGAACUCAUCAAGUCCAUUGCGAUCACCUGGAUCCGGGAGUUUGUCCAGAUAUUUGGCCCCAAUGUUCUGCCGUAUGCUAGUGGCAUAUUUACGGCGAUAUUGCCGUGCCUGGAAUACAAUGUGGAAUCCAAAAGGAGUAUUAAAGAGUGCGCGGUGUCUGUUAACAACUCGAUGAUGUUGCUGGUCUCGACCAAGGAGCUGAAAACGGAGACUGUGGCCAAGAUUGAUUUACGUUCAAUUAUGGACGUUCUUUCACAGUACCUCACGCACAAUUCCACGCACACGAAGAUCGCUGUACUUAAAUGGAUCCACCAUCUAUUCACCAACUUUCCAAACGAAAUGUCCGUGCAUGCGAGUAACUUAAACACUAACCUCUUGUCGACACUGGCCGACAACUCGGACGAGGUAGUCCUCCAAAGCCUGUCCGUUCUGGCGGAAAUCGUCAAUUCUCAAGACAGCAGGGAAUUGAACGACUUUGACAAAUCGCACUAUCGCAAGUUUUUAUUGAGCUUACUAAACCUUUUCAGCGAGGAGAAACUUAUACUGGAGAACAGAGCCAGCCUUAUUAUAAGAAAACUCUGUGUGCUGCUGAAUGCCGAGUACAUUUACCGCACUUUUGCCGAAAUAAUUGCAGAGGGGGUGCCCAACUUGAAGUUUGCAUCCACGGUUGUGCGUUUGCUAAACAUGAUCCUACUAACCUCAACGGAGCUUUUCGAAUUACGCACAAGCCUGCGAAAUAUAUCCAACGAAAAGUCAGCAGAUCUCUUUCAAUGCCUCUACAAGAGCUGGGUCCACUGUCCAGUAUCCACACUUUCGUUGUGCCUGCUGACCCAGAGCUACCAGCAUGUGUCCCGCUUGGUUACGCUGUUUGCCGAUGUUGAAAUCACUUUGGAGCUGCUUACCGAAUUGGACAAACUGGUUCAGUUGAUAGAGUCUCCCAUAUUUGCUCCAUUGCGCCUUACGCUUGUUUCCAAAGCAAACAACUGCGCGGAUGCUCAGUACUUGGCUCAUGCCCUGUUUGGCAUCCUCAUGCUGCUGCCGCAGACGGAAGCUUUUGAUACGCUUCGGAAUCGCCUGCAAUGCGUACCCAACUACUGGGGUCACGAUCCUGUAGAUGAGCGCAACUCACUGGAAUACAAAAGUGGCAUUGAUUUCGAUGCCUUGGAACAACAUUUCAUUAAAUUGCAAAAGGCCCACCGUGAGCAGCGUAUUGUACACCGGAAGCGGAGUGUAAUAACUCCUGAAAGUAAUUAGCCUUCUCAUGCAUACCUUAUUUAUAUAGCCUGUGAUUCAAUGUGGAGUCCUUUCAUUUGCAUAUGUAUGUUUAAUAAAUUUGAGUAUAAUAUA